GAAGGGUCAGUGUUUAAGUCUAAGAUGUAGACAUCCCCGCAUCAGCAUGGCCACCAGUCGAAGGCCCCCAGCGUAUGCCAGCUUUGUGGCGGCUGGUGUGGCGGCCACAGCAGAGUUGAUGGUGAUGCAGCCCUUAGAUGUGGUGAAGACACGAAUGCACUUGCAGGGGGAUGGCAUCAAGAGCGGAGAUAAUUUCCAGGGCACGCUUGCAGCAAUGCGCGGCAUCCGUCAGGCUGAAGGCAUGGCAGGUCUUUGGCGCGGCUUCGUGCCUGGACUCUGUGUGGUGAUUCCUCGGAGGGGCUUCAAGUUUGUCUUUUAUGAUGCUUUCAUCAAAUUGCUUUGGAAAGGGGAGAAGCAGAAGGCCCCCUUUCAGCACAGCUUGGUGGCCGGUGGUCUGGCUGGAGCCUCUGAGGCCUGCAUCAUCACGCCCUUGGAAUGUCUGAAGAUUGGGAUGCAAAGUGAGAAGGCAGCUGGCUCUUCAGCCACGGGGAUGGCCAGUUUUGCCCGAGCCAUGGUCAGAAGUGGCGGUGUGGGCUCGUUGUACGCCGGUUUGGGCGCCACCGUGGCCAAGCACACGGCUCACUCCUGCUUUUACUUUGCAGCCUUCCACGAAACCAAGAAGUUUGCCCCGAAGGGCACUUCGCGAUUUCAGCAGAUUUGCUGGGACCUGCUCUCGGGCUUUGUUGCGGGCUGUGCAGCGGCAACAGCCAACAACCCCUUUGAUGUGGUGAAAACCCGGCAGCAGGUGGUUGCUGCCAGUGCCUUGUCGAGCCAUGCUGCUGGGCAGGCGCGGCCUUCAAAACCCGGGCGUUUUUUCAAGUCGCUGAAGCUGAGACGUCAUGCGCAUGAUUAUCGGUGUGCUGGAGUGUCCUCAACAAUGGUUGUUCGUUGGUCCCCUUUUCAGAAGGUCCAACCACUUGAAGGGCACCAUGCGAAGGGAAUUUGCCUGCGGCCCCACUUCCGUGGCUUCGGUGGCCAUGGAGCUGGUCCGGCGUGAUGGGUGGGCUGGGCUCUACAAGGGCUACAUUGCCAAGGUGGCCCGACUGGGACCUGGAUCAGCCUUGAUCUUCUGCACUUACGAGCAGGUGAUGAGCCUCUUUCAUUGAGCGUCGUUUUCUGAAAAA